UCUCUCUCUCUCUCUCUCCCCCUUUGUCCCUUCAUCAUCUUCUUCUGCCACUACAACCUCAAAACUAAAACACCGAAAUGUUGGCUUUAGCUAGCAGCAGCAGAGAAGACCAAGACCAUGAAGAUGAACACAUCAGAGACAUCCACGCUCUAAGCCCACCUCGCCCUCCAUCCACCGGUGGCCGCCGGAGAGAAGCUUGGGAAACAAGCAGCCACAGAUCAUCAUCUCUAUCCAUGGCCAGUACUGAAGGAGCUUCAAGUGAAAACUUCACCAGUAUGAGCAGAGAGUUCAAUGCCUUAGUCCUUGCAGGCUCCACCAUAGGAAACAACAGCAACGACAAUGAUAAUGGCGUGAACAUCAAUGUCAACAACUUGGGGAGGAUUGGGGAGGAGGAAACCAACCCUUUGGCGAUCGUCCCAGAUAAUAACCCGUUGGGUGAUCCUGAGCCGUCGCCUAGAGGUGGCGGUGUGGUGGGUGGAAAUCACGGCGAGGUUACGGUGCAGAGAGUGAAGAAAGAGGAGGUCGAGUCGAAGAUAAAUGCAUGGCAGACGGCGAAGAUAUCGAAGAUCAAUAAUAGAUUUAAGCGAGAGGAUGCGAUAAUCAAUGGUUGGGAGAGUGAACAGGUUCAGAAGAGCACUUCAUCGAUGAAGAAAGUUGAGAGGAAGCUUGAGGAGAAAAGAGCAAGAGCUUUGGAGAAGAUGCAGAAUGAGGUAGCAAAAGCACACAGAAAAGCAGAGGAGAGGAGAGCCUCAGCUGAGGCCAAGAGAGGAACCAAGGUGGCUAGGGUUCUUGAAUUAGCCAACUUGAUGCGAGCCGUUGGACGGCCCCCUGCCAAACGCUCCUUCUUUUGAAUUUCUAUAUAUCAUUGAGUAAUGUUAUUUGGACUUAAAAAUCUGACUUAAUUUACUAGCCUACUGAUAUAGUUUCAUUAAAAUCAUUGGAUCAAUAUCAAAUUUCAAUGUUUGAUGAAACUCACAAUCAAUCCAAAGGUCAUAGUAAAUUAAGUCAGUAAAUUAAAUCCCAAUAACAUUACUCGUAGUUCAUGAUGCUCUAUGUUUUUCAAGAGUUUGAUAAGCAAAAUGCACCAUAUUUAAUAUGGGUCCCUUCACUUUGGGAGUAUGGGGUACCCUAUAUAGCAUUGAAAAGUUGCCUGUGUUGAAGUAUUUAAGUGUAUGUAAUUGAGUGCUUGUAACGUAAUUGGUGUACCAGUAAAGUCGGCCCAUUGUAAUAUAUGUGUCAUGGUAUCAAAUCCUGAAAAACAGUUUUUCUUCAUACAAGAAUAAGGUUUCAGACAUCUGACCUGCUCAAGACAAAAAAAUUUGAGUGCUUGCAGUUUUGUUCAGCAGCUUCUCUCUGCUUAGCACAUCCUCAAUAUUUCUAGUAACAGAUAACAAUGACAUCAAACAGAGCUAAGGGGUUCUCCUUUGCUUCUUCAUUCUGCCUUGUGAAUUUGUGGUUAGUCUUCUGAUAUACUGUUGGCAAAACAGAGUGGUGCUGAAUCCCUUUUUCUAAGUGGGUUAGCUUCUUCAGAGGGUUUGCAAUUGCAAUUCUGUUGAACAAUUUGUUGUAAGAGGCUUUGUAUAUUAUAUGUACUUCAUAAGCAUAAAUUCUUCCAGCUUGGUGCAUCUGCAACUGCAACUGCAACUGAUGGAAUGAAUCCUAG